AGUAUAAUGAUUCAUGAAUCUUAUAUUCAUACUUUGAUAGGUAAAUAGCAGUGGUUUUUCUUUUUUCCCCAGGUAGAGACAUCUAAUUAGUUCUCACGUCUUAUUGUUAUCCCUAGGGAAUAUGUGGACUCCCUGUAGUUUAUUGAUGGAAGAAUCCUUUAAUGUGAAUUAGAACGAAGUUUGUCUGAAAUAAACCAAUUUGUCUAAAUGUUUGUUUCUUAUAAAAUUUGAUUUUAUUCCUGGAUUGGAACUAGUUUGAAUUGAUAGUCAAUAAACUUGUUGCCAUCUAAUGGCUUCUAAGCUCAUGCGAACUGAAUUAGAACAAAUUUUGUCUGAAGCAAACAAAUUUGUGUAAAUAUUUAUUUCAUGUAGACUUUGAUUUUAUUCCUGAAUUAGAAUUAAUUUGAAUUUGAUAGUCAAUAAACUUGUUGCCAUCUAAUGGCUUCUAAGUUCAUGUGAACUGUUCUGCGGUCCUUUAACUUGUGAACCAUCCAGACAGGUCCGCAUUGUCUUGCUUCGUUAACCUAAAAAACAUUAAAAUUUACAUAUCCAUGACUGUAACUGAUCCUGUUGCUAUCUUAUAUAACCAAAUUAAGAACUAGCAUUGGACCUAGAUGUUUAUUGGUGAUGUGGCUUGUUUGUAAGACAUGAGUCGUUACAAGACAAGGACUGGAUUUUUCUUCCCCAGACACUAAGACAAUUUGUCUAACAUGUUGGCACACCUGUUUGGUUGCUUGCAAUCUGAGAAAUAUGAUCCAUAAACUUUAAUAAAUAUAUAUAAUGAAGAUAAUGUGAAUUAUGAAAAUGCUAAAGUACCAGAGAUCUUUCGCACAAAAAAAGUUACAUAGAUGAUGCAUGUCAUUCUUAUUGGUCCUCUCCCUGACAGCUUGUGCCAUAUUGGGUUGUGGCUUACAGUAGAGUUUGCACGGCAAGGCUUAAUUUCUUUGUGAGAUUUCCUUGAUGCUGUAGCACCGCUCUAAGAAUUAAGCAGAGUGUAAAUUAGAGUUAGAGAAAGGUUGCAUAUUCUCCAUGUAUUUGUGUGAUCCGAGUCUGCAAUAUGCUUUUAUUUAAUAAUGUUUUGUUUCUUUCUAAUUGCCCCCAUAGAGGAUUUUUAGGUCCUGAUCAUUUUGUACUUCAAUUUUUAUCAUGACAUUUUUAGAUUAAGUAGUCAAACAUCUGAAAUUAACUCCAAAGUAGAGGAUGAUUUGUGGCCUCUGCAGCAUUGACAAGAGCGUAUCACGUUCUCAGCCAAUGUGUAUUUGGCACUGUAAAAGAUACAGAAACCAGCUGAUGUUCAUUUAGAAGACCUGAUUACAACUAUCAGAAUAAGACAAAUCAAAUAUAGGAGGACAAGUUACCCUGGAUCUGGAAAGGAGCUUUAGUUCAAUAGCUUGAAUGGAUUAUGGCAGAUUUUGAUAAGUUCUUCCUGGCAUAUCGGUAGGUUGAAGUACCAUUAAAUUCUUUUACUAGCACCAAACCAACCCCUCAACCCAACUUACUAAUCUCCCACAUCUUCCCUUUCCUGACGUGAUUUAGGGGUAUGAUGAGGAUUUCUUUAUGCAUAUUAUUCAUGACUCCAUGAUCAGGCAGCCCAUGCAUGUUGGAAAAAAAUUCAAUUGUCGGCGUAAUCAUCCAAUAUAUCUUGUGUGGCACACUGUGAAAUGAUUUUUGGAAUAACCGUAAAUCGGUGAAUAGUCCUAUGUAGUAUGUGAGAAUGUAUAUUUCAUUUCUUAGAUUUUUUAGUAUAAGGUUCAUGGCUGUAUUGAUUUUGUUUCUUGACUGUUCUACCGAUUUGUUUCUGAUAUCUUUUUCAAUCUCAAUACCUUGUGUAUGUUGAAGACUGCUUAGCUAUGGUGGAAUCCCUUCAUAAGUCAAUGGAAGGAUGCCAGCAUCUGUGAUGUUUUAAUUUUUGAUAAUGCCCUCUAGAUUAAUAGGGACCUUGUCUGUCUCUAUAAUCUCCAAAUGAGACAAUGAGAGUGUGAUGUUUUUCCACAUUGUUUUGUUGAUCAUCUCUCUAAAAGUGAUGCAGAAUCAUCUAUCUAAGCUGACCUUUCAUGGUGCUUAAUCUGCAUUUCUUCCCACCUCAUUGUGAAGCUGAUGUUUUUGUGAAUUGUUGCUAAAAUUGUUGGUGCAGCUGCAACUACAUUAGAAAUUUGUGAUUGUUCAAUAUUCAUGGUCCGAAAAGGAUUUGAUGGAUCUUCAUUUUUUUUUUCCAUUUUCUGUUUCUAUGCCCAUCUACAUGCACAAUUGGCAAUGUAUUGGAAUGACGCCACUUCAUGUAGGCCUUUGAUUGGAAAAAUGUAGAAAUAGACAUUACAGAGAAGACGGUAUAACUUGAGAUACCCAGCUUGAGCAUUCAGGAAUUUGCUUUGAUAAUUCCCAUCUAUUAUCUUAGUAAAUGAUGCAACAAGCCAUGGCUCGGCUAUUCUUAAUGUAAAGCCACAUAACAUAUUUGUUACUACAUAAUCUUCUUAAUCUCAUAUUCAGUGUUUCCAAUUUUUUUUGAGUAUCAUAACCACCAAAUAUGUUUACUUACAAAUAAAAUUCUGAAGCCGAAAAGGAGCUAAAAUGAUUGUACGAUCAAGCUGUGCGCCUGCUAAGGCUGAUGACUUUACAUCAAUACUAAUUUUAGGUUUUCCUCAUGUCUCUCUCCAUAGGCCAUGUCAAAUCUGUAUCCAUCUUUAUCCAGGUAUUAGAUUUGGAUGUCAUAUAGUUGACAUUAACAAACUAUUGCCUCCAGAGUCGCCAGGUAAGUAUUGUUUGGAAUUUCAGGUUAAUUUAAGCACCCAGAUACCCUUUUUUUCCCUUGAGAAAAGCACCCAUAUAAUUCGAAAAAGCUUUUCCUAUAAAAAAUUUCCCUCUCUAUGUCCUGAUGAACACUGAAGGCAGAAAGGAAAGAGAAAAAUAACUAAAUUCUAGAAUAUAAGCGUUUGCUCGUUGACAACUCAAACAAGGAAGAGGCGAAGCUCAAGGGGAGAGACAAUUUUUUUAUUUGUGCAAGUUUAAAGAGAAGCUUCAUGAGCAGUCUCUCCCCUUUUUUUUAACAGGAAGGGAGGAAAGCCCAAGCUGAUGUAAAUUAUCUGGUCGAGAUAUCUGGGGACGUAGCACCUAAGACUCAAACCCAUGACCUCAAAUGUCACCACUUUUAAUGAUCCCUUGCCGACCAUUGGAGAUUUUUUCAAACAUUUGAACUUUGAGCCCCGGUUGCUCAACUACCAAAUUACACCUGUGAGGCCACCCUCCUCAUUCCCUUUCUCUUCCUCCGAUCAUCAUGUGCAUUUUUUUCUCACAACAUAAAGUCCUCAUAGAUAGCAUGCACUCACAAACACCUGCUUAUGAUCCGAGCUCUUUGAGAUCCAUUCAUCAGCCAACUUCAGUCCAUGGCUUCUCAUAGUCUCGCCAUACUCUUUCUAAUGCUUACUCAGCUCGCUCACUGCUUGAUAGGCAGCAUACCGCUCAAUUCGGAACUGUCAGCACGAGAAAACCAAUCUUGGGUCUCUGAGAAUGGAACUUUUGCAUUUGGAUUCACCUCCACAGGUGCUGGCGAUCUGUUGCUAUUAGCUAUAUGGUAUGCCAAGCUUCCAGGUGAUCCAACCAUAGUGUGGUCUCCUAACAGAGAUUUUCCAGUUGGGAGAGAAGCCGUGGCGAAGCUGGACGACAUCGGAAACCUUGUACUAGUUGAUGGAAACAGCACUACAGUGUGGAUAUCCAAUACCUCCAACCUAGGUGUCGAGUAUGGCGUGAUGUCGGACUCUGGGAGCUUCAUUCUAUACAACGGAAGCAGCAGCAAUCGCCAAGUCGCAUGGCAGAGCUUCUGGCACCCAUCAGACACCCUCCUACCAGGCCAGCAUCUCCCAGUCUCCCUCGAGCUAACAUCACCCAAGUCUUCUCUUGGUCUUUACUCUCUCAAAAUGCUUCAGCAGCGCACCUCCCUUAGCCUUGCCUUAACCUACAUAUCUCCAGAGCCCUACCUCCCUUCAUUGGGUUCUUAUGCCAACUACUCUUACUGGUCUAGCCCAGAAAUUUCGAAUGCUACAGGCGCCGUCAUAGCAGAACUGGAUGAGUCGGGCAGUUUUGGUAUCAGGUAUGGGACAUCUUCAACUGGUGUAAUGUAUGUCCACAAGAAUGAUUCUGCAGGGAAUCAGCCGAUUCUUCGAAGGAUUACAAUCGGCACAGAUGGAAAUCUGCGACUCUAUCGAUGGGAUAACCAGUGGGUGGCUGAGUGGUCUGCAGUGUCUAAUCCAUGCUUGGCUGCUGGAAUUUGUGGCAGUGGGGUCUGUAAUUUGGAUAGCAGCAAGAGCAAUGCUAGCUGUACGUGCUUGCCGGGAACUUCUCCGGUAGGCUCAGGUAGCAAAGGGUGCUUAUCAAGCUCGAUACCAUCACCGCAAGGGAACUGCAGCGGGACUCGAAGCAUGCCGGUCAGGAUGGAGACUUUGCCACAGACCAACUACUACUUCUCAGGAGCUUCUACAAUUUCAAAUUACAGCAGCGUGUCAAGAGGCUCGGAGUGUGCUGAAUUGUGCCUUGCAGACUGCAAUUGUGUGGCAUCAGUUUAUGGGCUAUUGGACGGAGAGACAUAUUGCUGGACUCUGAGGAGAAUGGUAUUUGGAGGACAGCAGGAUCCGAGUUCAACCCUCUAUAUGAAGCUUGGGAUUAAUAGCUCUGGGACACAGGAACAAGGACCGCCAGGAAAAGGGUCUGGUGGGGCAAGAUCGGAUUCGCUGAAGGGUAGCCAACAACAUGAACGGGUGCUUCUUCCCUUGCUUCUCUGCAUCUCUGUUCUGGUUGUUCUCCUGAGCUUGCUGUUAUGUUACAGCAUCCGAAGGAGAAGAAUGCAACGGCAGCAGGGAAUGAUCGGUGGUUCCUUGAGCCUGCCAGGAGGUCCGGUACAUUUCAGUUUCCAUGAUCUCCAGACGGCGACGUCCAAUUUCUCUCGAUUGCUAGGAACUGGAGGGUUUGGCAGUGUGUUCAAGGGAGCCCUCAGAGAUGGAACUUCAGUUGCAGUGAAGAAACUGGACAAGAUGUUGCCUCAUGGGGAAAGGGAGUUUAUUACAGAAGUAACUACUAUUGGUUCCAUGCAUCACAUGAAUUUGGUUAGCCUUUGUGGGUUUUGCUCUGAGCGAUCGCAUAGGCUCCUGGUAUACGAAUAUAUGAGCAACGGAUCAUUAGACAAAUGGAUAUUUCCUUCAUAUAAUGGGCAAGAGAGAUUACUGGACUGGCAAACUCGCUUCAGCAUAGCCACUGCCAUUGCUCAAGGGAUUGCAUACUUCCACGAACAAUGCAGGAAUAGGAUCAUCCAUUGUGAUAUCAAGCCAGAAAACAUUCUAUUAGACGAGAAAUUCUGUCCCAAAGUAUCAGACUUCGGACUAGCAAAACUAAUGAGCAGAGAACACUCUCAUGUGAUCACCAUGGUUAGAGGCACAAGAGGCUACUUGGCUCCAGAGUGGAUAAGCAACCGGCCCAUCACCGUUAAAGCCGAUGUUUACAGCUAUGGCAUGCUACUUUUGGAGAUUGCUGGAGGUCGGAGGAAUCUCGACAUGUCAUUGGAUGAAGAAGAAUUCUUCUACCCUGGUUGGGCUUUCAAGGAAAUGAUGAAUGGGACACCAUUAAAAGCUUCCGAUAAAAGACUGAGGGGGAUUGUGGAAGAAGCAGAGUUUCUCAGGGUUCUGCAAGUUGCCUUUUGGUGCAUUCAGGAAGACGCAUGGAUGAGGCCUUCAAUGGGAGAAGUGGUUAAAAUGUUGGAAGGAUCGGUUGAGAUCAAUGUGCCACCCAUGCCUCAAACAGUACUAGAGCUGGUUGAGGAAGGGUUGCAUGGUGUCUACAAGGCCAUGAAAGGGGAUCAUUUUAGUCAGCCAACAACUUCUUCCGCGAUCACCUGCCACCGAUCAUCAAAGGCAACCUAUAGUUACUCCACCAUGUCACCUAGAUAGGAAUGGCUCCAGUGAACUGUACCAUGAAUUAAAUAAAAGCUUAUUUGUCAUAGACAAGCAUAUCAGCAAUAAAGAUCAUGAGAUCAAACCAACUCGCAGCCUGAUUUCUGAAAGUUGGUAUAAGGAGGUCUAAGUCCGAGAUUCUGUCAUAAUUUUUUUUAAACUUAGCUAGAGCCCCUUUUUUUAUGAAGAACCAAGGGAAGAUGCGCACGGUUUCAGGGUCUGUUUUAGUUUCCAUUCACAGAAUUUUUACUUGGUUAGGACUCUAAAUUUUAGGAGAAGAAAGGUCUAUUUGAAGGAGGUAACGUCGU